AUGAAAAAAGCCAUAAAAGCAGUAAUAAUAAAUGAAAUGUCUUUACGCAAGGCUGGCGAAAUCUACGAAAUUAACUUUGAAACACUUAGAAGAUAUGUCAAGAAAACAUCUCCUGUUGAAGGUGAGAAUAUACAAGCAGAGCAACUAAUAUUGAAUAUAGAUUUUAGUCAACAUUACAAUUCACGUCAAAUAUUUUCUGAAGAAGAGGAGCAAUUGUUAGUUGAAUACUUUUUAACAUGUACUGAACUUGGCCAUGGCCUUUUCUCAGAGAAAGCCAGACAAAUAGUUUACGAAUUUGCUGUCAGAAAUGAUAAGAAAAUUCCUGAAUCAUGGAGAACACAUCAAAAAGCUGGCUUAGAGUGGCUAUAUGCGUUUAAAAAACGCCAUCCAGUCAUUUCUUUAAGGAAGCCAGAGCCAUGUAGUUUGAGUCGUAGCUCAGCAUUUAACAAGCAUAAUGUAGGCAAAUAUUUUGAAAAUUUAGAGAUAGUAAUUAAACGCAAUCCAAAUUUUGCAAAUGGUUUGCGGGUUUAUAAUUUGGACGAGACAGGAACUUGUACAGUUCAAUCAGGCAGGAACAAAAUUUUAGCGAGAAAAGGUCAAAGAAGAGUGUCUGUGAAAACAAGCGCUGAAAGGGGCACGCUUGUUACCACUUGCAUCAUUGUAAAUGCACUUGGAAAUGUUUUCCCUCCAAUCAUGAUUUUUCCAAGAAAAAAGUUUGUGAAUCAUAUGAUUUGUGGAGGCUAUCCUGGAACUCUUGGCCUGGCCUUCCCAUCAGGUUGGAUGGAACAAAACAAUUUCUUACUUGUUUUGAAAAGAUUCAUUGCUCUUACAAAUAGCACUAAAGAAAAUGAAUCCCUCUUGAUCAUGGAUAAUCUAGAGGCUCACAUCACUAUUGAGGCUAUUGAUCUGUGCAAAGCAAAUGGGGUAACGAUUCUUACCCUGCAUCCACAUACUUCUCACAUGUGCCAGCCUUUGGACCGAACCUGCUUUGGGCCAUUUAGUACAGCCUAUGACAAGGCUCUAAGCUCUUGGAUGACAAGGAAUCCAGGACAUACAGUAACAAUUUACAAUAUUGCUGCUCUAGUAAAAGAAGCAAUGGAAGUUGCAAUUACCCCGGAUAACAUUAAAUCUGGAUUUAAAGCCUGCGGAAUUUAA